AUGAACAGUUUGUUGGAUAAACCAUCAUUGAAACCGUUGGUUUUUGCCAAAGGAAAAAUUGAUCCUCAUCCAAUUAUUCGACCACCUAUUAGAAAUAAUCAUGAUCUAAGCACUGGAACAUUACGUAUAUCAGAAACAAAACAAUAUGAUUUUACUUCAAAUGAUUUGGUGGAUAGAGGAGUUAUUGGUGAAGGAAAUUUUGGUAUCGUUUGCAACAUGCUGCAUGAAAAAUCGAAUACACCCAUGGCUGUAAAACGUAUUCGUUCAACUGUUGAUGAGCAAUGUCAGAAACAAAUGCUUCUUGAACUCGAUAUUGUCAUGAAAGAAAAUUCCUGUCCUUAUAUUGUACAAUUUUAUGGUGCUUUGUUCAAAGAGACCCUUCAAGCAUUACAUUAUAUUAAAGAGAGAUGGCAAAUUAUACAUCGCGACGUAAAACCAUCAAAUAUUCUUGUGUCUCGAACAAGUAUUAAAUUAUGUGACUUUGGUAUUAGUGGUCAACUAAUUGAUUCAAUAGCAAAAACAAGAGACGCGGGAUGUAAACCUUAUUUACCGCCAGAACGAAUAGAUCCAAAGCGAUCUACACGAGGAUACGAUGUUCGCUCCGAUGUUUGGUCGCUGGGUAUUAGUAUUUAUGAAUUGGCUACUGGAUAUUUUCCAUUUCGUGAAUGGACAAGUCCCUUUGAUCAGUUACAACAGGUUGUAGAAGGACCACCAUUAAAAUUAACCUCUGAACGUUUAUCGAAAGAAUGUUGCGAUUUUGUAACUACAUGUUUGAACAAAGAUGAAACUCAACGUCCAAAAUACAAACAAUUACUGGAGAGUAAAUUUAUACAACAUCAAAAAGAAUUGAAUUAUGAUCCGGCACCAUAUCUUUCAAAAAUUAUCGAUGGUCUCAUUACGAAUAAUGAUUCAUUCGAACUGUAUUAUUAUAUGCCACAUCGAUGA